UUUAGCUCGGUCAUAAUUAUCAAUAUCAUUAUUCGUUUAAAAACAUUCAUUACAUUUUCAUGUUAUAAUAUUUCAAACUGAUAAACCAUGAAGUACUUUUUUAUCAUUUUUGCUGAAUUUAUGAUUCUAGUCGAUUCUGGAGCAAAAGAAUUCAAGGUUUUUCCAAAUUUACCCCUAGGAGAAUAUCGAGUAAAUGUCAUCGCUACUCAACAAUGUAAUGCAAAUCCGAAUUCAAGUUUGAGGUUCAAUUUUUUUUUGUUCAAGACAUCUAGAACUACAACUGAACUAAGAGGAAAUAUAACUGUUAAUAAUAAAGCAUUUGAUGAUUCUUUAUUGUUUCGUGGAAAUUUGGCAGUAAAAGAUAAAAUUGGUGGUUGGCAAAAUAAUGCGUAUGUAUAUAAUUCACCUGAAGCAUACUCGAGUCUUAAAAAACUUUUUGGACCGGAAUUUCCAUUUUUUUUAAAUAGCUUUGGAGUAAAUGACACAAUACAUAAUUCUAUACCGCCGGGAAUAUAUACCACCAAAGGAUAUGAUAUAUCAAAAUUUCCAGCAAAUACUAAUCUUCCUAAACAAAUCUUUUAUGGAACUUACAAAAGUAAAGUUAUUUAUUUGGACAAAAAUGGCAAUGAUGUUGGAUGUUUCUCAUUUACCGUUGAAAUAAAACGUCCUUGGGAAAUUGAAUAACUGGGUGAAAUCAUAAUAUAGUGUUUGUAGUUUGUUAAAUUUAAAUUAUAUGUUAGGAUUUUAAGAAUAACAAAGAAAGUGAUUUUACUAAAGGUGGUUAUGGAUAUAAUUAAUUCAAAUUGCAACUUGUAUUAUAAUUAUAGCACAGUAAUUAAAUAAUUAAUAGUAUCAAACUAUCUAUCAAAUACAAAUAUACCAAAAAAAUGUAUUAAAGAACUUACAAAUUUAAUGUUUAUAGUAUGGUUAUACAAGAAAAAAAUACGAUGUAUUGGAUGUUACAUGUUUGUCAUUAAAGUCAAAAGGUCCGUGGGAAGUAUAAUGAACAGGACUAGGAUUUGUAUGCAAUAAAAAAUUGUAAAAUAGGCAUUUUAAUUUUUAGAAGACAAACACAAGAAUUACUAAUAUUAUUGCAUUGAAAUUUUUUUUUCUGUAUUUGUUCAUUGAAAUGACCUCAAGGUCUUUGUCUAUGCUUAUCACAAGUGGAUAGUUGGGAGAUCUUGUGAUCUAUUUAUCUAUGUAUAUAUCCACUAUAUUCAUGAUACUACCACCCUUCUCCAAGACGAUAGGGUGGUGUCUUUACUUCCAGUGGAGUGGGACCUAGUUGGAAACCAAUCGAACGACAGCACGAGAAAUGGUAAUCGCAUAGAACCACACAAAUAUUUUGCACUUAGCUAUGAAUUGAACCGAUGGCUGUGUGAGUCGCAGUCAACUGCGUAACCUCUGCGCCACUCCGGUCCCGUAUUGAUAUAAAAAAUUAUAUUCGUUGUUUAUGGAUUAUUAUUAAGCUUCAUAUUAUAUUAACACUAAUAACUGUUUACAUAACAUAUCAGUUGUAUGCAAUAUUUAGCAUAGUACGUCCUACUUAUUAUACUCGGAUAAUUGUUACGAAUCGAAUUAUAAUACUAAAUGUUAAUAGAUUAAUUCUGAAAUUGUAUUUAAUUGCUGUACCUAUUGGUUUUAAUAAGUACAACAUUUCAUAAUAUUUUUAUUUAUGCUCCAUACGAAAGAUUUUUAAUUACGUUGAAUGAAAAAUAAUAUUUUUUUUAUGUUCACAAAAACAAUACUUUGUUAUUUAUAUAAUUAUAAUACAAAUAAAAAUAAAAUGUU